CUCUCUGUGGCAUUGUGUUCAUGGAGAGGUCCAUGCGUUUAUUCUCAGCAGCCUUUGUUCUUCUGUUGCUUCUUCUGGCGACAGAGAUGGGGCCAAAGGCAGCGGAAGCAAGGACAUGCCAGUCUCAGAGCCAUCGCUUCAAGAGCACGUGCGUGAGGAAGAGUAACUGUGCCGCCGUCUGCCAGACGGAAGGUUUCCACGGUGGACAUUGCCGAGGCUUUCGGCGCCGAUGCUUCUGCACGAAACACUGUUAGCCAUAUGAAUUAAUGAAUCUCUUAUUUCCAUAGCCCCUGAGGUCUCCUUUUGAGAGAAUAAGGAAUCCCCGGCAUUUUGUGUACGAGGAACUGUUUUUUAACUCUAUAUUCAUCUGUCUUUGUCAUGUUUUGUGUCGCAUGAAAUAAAUUUUCAU